AAUACUCAUUAACAACAUUUGAUUUUUCAUUCACAAUCUAAAACACAAGAUGAACUCCCAAAACGCAAGCUACAAUGCUGGACAAGCCAAGGGCCAAGCUCAGGAAAAGGCUAGCAACAUGAUGGACAAGGCUAGUGAUGUUGCUCAUUCUGCUCAAGACUCUAUGCAACAGGGUGGACAACAAAUGAAGGAAAAGGCACAAGAGGCUGCUGAUUCUAUCAAGAGUACUUUGAAUUCAAAGAAUUAAUGAAGCUAAAGGGAUGGUUAAUGGUUAAUUAUAAUCGACUUCUCUUCCCAUCAAUAAACAUUGUUCCGGUUAAUCUACAUAUUUUGUAGAAACAUUAUUCUUUUUUUUUAUUUCAUAUGUAU